UUUCAGUACCUACCUACGAAAAAAUAAAAAUGUAAAAAAUAACUAAAAGUUGUUUAUACAGUCUUAUUGGUGCAGAUGUAUAAAUUUUGAACAAAAUAAUGGUGAGGGAGUUAAAUUUUAGCGAAAAUUAGGUGCAUCUAUAAUGGAUGCUUCGGCAUCCAAAGUACGGAAUGCCGAAAUAGAUAAUUUGUUUGGUAUUUACCUCAAAAUUGAGAAAGCGUCGUAUCCACCUACUUCAAGACAAAAAAAAACAGUGAUCAAGUAUACAAAACUGCCGGACGACAUCAACACCAAAGCAUCAUGGAUGCCCCAAACUUACAUUUUAGAACCCAGGCUCAGAAGAAUCAUAACAAUUGAAGAGCCAAAAAUUAGCACUUGCAGGUCUUUACAAACAGAAGUGGCAAUUCCAUCCACUGUCAUGGCUUCUGACAUUUGUAAACGAAAAAUUGUUACAAUAGAAGAAGAUGAAUAUAAUAGCUACUAUCCUAAAUACUCACAUCAUGUAAGAAAAACUUAUAAUACAAAUGUAAUUAACCGAGCUAUUGAAGCAAAAGAAGAUAAACUAAUUUCACAACAAAAAAUAUCAAGAUUACCAUACAGUUCCAAAAGUCCUAAGGAUGUAAAGAAUACAAAAUCCAACAUAGCAUAUACAAAUGAGUUAAGCACGAAGUCGGAAAACAAAUAUAAAUUAUCAAGAGGAGAAAAUGAAAGCCAGGACUGUUCUAAGAAUAAAAGUAUAUAUGGAACUUCAAGAAGUGUAAAGAAUGUUAAUUCGUCGUCUAAAUAUGGUUUAAAUAAAAGAUGCUCUUCCAGAGAACCUGGCAAAGAAAUACCAGUUGCUAAACAUAAAUUAAUAGAUGAUCGUUUGACUAAACUUGCACCUAAGAAUAGAACAACUGUAGAUAGAACCAGAUUUAGUAGGUCUUCCAAUAAGUUGAAUCAGAGUAACAUAUCUCUUCUAAAAGAUAUCAAGGUAAAACACAAGCCAAGUCCUGUAAUACAUGUCCCACUUGAUGGAAAAUUACCCAAGAGGGAUGUUGCAACUGAAGUAUCAGAAGAUAUAUUAAUUUGUUCACAAACUAAGUCCCACGAAGUGGACUCAUGUGUUCAAAUUACUAAUGAUACUCUAUUGAGAGAUACAACUAUUGCAGCAGAAGUAUUGGUAAAAAAAGUGGAUCAAGGAACUGCAGUAUAUGUAAAUAAAGUGGACCAAGGAACUGAAGUAUUGCUAAAUAAAGUGGAUCAAUUAACUCAAGUAGAUCAAGAUUUUAUCAAAAAUGAGUAUAGUGUAAAUGAUAAAAAAAAGUCGUUUGAUAGUCUUGAUAUACCAAAUGUAAGCUUAAUUAAUAAUAGUAAAAGUGAUCUGCCCAAAGAAGAUAUAGUCGACAUUAUUAAUAAGGAAUCACUUACUCGAGCCAUCCCUAUUAGUGUAGUUUCUCAAAAAGAUGAAACUGAAUUUGGGGAAUCUCCUCUUCACAAAAGCUCUUCUUAUAUUAUUAGCAGAGCAACUUUAACAUAUACUACAAAACAAAAAAUAGAUUUUCAUGUUAUCGGCAAUAACGAUAUAUUGCAGGCUCACGCACCGUCUAGUCCACUAACGUAUCCUGUGAACGUUGUUUCUGUAUAUAAAAAUGAAAAGAGAAAUCAAGAGUACUGUGGUGAUAACACGAAAUUAGAUUACGGAAAGGCAGAUGAAAGCGAUAAAUCGCAUGACGAACUGGAACAUUCAACUGGUUCGACCUCAGUUCAUUGUUCGUACGUCUUUGACAAUGAUAAAUUAGUUAAACCUUCGGACAUAAUUAGCACAAUAAAAAUUAAUAACAGUUUGUUACAAAGCGACUAUAUCUUUGAACAGUUCCAACGUGAGCUUAACUUUAUUGACUCGUUUUUUGAGUCUUUACAGUAUUUAGAGAGCUGUUCCCUGUCUGAAAAUUGUAUUGGCGAAAGGGAAGUCGAGAACUGGAUAAAUAGCAGCGGAAAUGAAUUUAAAAAUGUGGAGUUCGGGUCAUUUUUAUCGAAGUUUGAAAAUGAAAUUAAGAUUGGCGAUUCGAAAACAAUGGCAUCCAAGAGUCUUUGUCUGCUCAAUUUACUCAUUCGCGAUGAGCAGAGGCGAGCCAAAAAUCUCUUAUUUGUCCUUAAAAUGCGAGAAGAUGCUUUAAAAGAUUUUACUAAAUCGCAAAUACUGUGGCUGGAAAACAAAAAGAAGCAAGAUAACACUGAUAUAUCACAACUGAAGAAAAAGCAACGUGGUGCUUUGCUAAAAUUACAGCAUGAAUGUGGUGAAAUGCAGCGUAUGCGCAAAGCUUUGGUGACUUUAUCAGAAAAGCGCAAAUUGGCUCUUAUGAAAACGAAAAAAAACAUCGAAAUUAAAUUAAAAAAGAGCGUGGAUGUAGAACAAAUUAUUUUGGGCAAAAAGAAAUUGAAGCGAAGCUUUUUCAGCGAUCGCAACAUUGCUCCUCUUAAAUGCUUCGAAUUGUCUAGCAGUGGAUGUGACGACAGCACCACAUCACGACCUAGAUCCAACACAUCAGUUUUCCUACCAAGUAUUCCGAAAAGCAUAACAAGUGCUGAAAAGUGUGUUCAAACCAGUGAAGGCAUCCUUGAAACAGUCUGUGCGGACCGUUCUACAGACACCGCUGACGAGAACUUUAUAGUUGUAGAUGGCGGUUAUCUCAAUAUCCUUUUUCAUAAUUUGUCGCCUCAAAUAUUUAGCAGUGAAAAACAAUACGAAGUAAACAAGGAGGCGUUAAAUAACAUCGUGCACGCAAGUAACAUGCACCAUUUUAAUUGGAACAACGACAUCGUAAUUGAGGAACUUAUGGAUCAGAUCAAGAAUAGUGAGUUGGAAUGCCCUAAUACGCCUUCCACUGCUCAUAGUCUAGUUGAGGAAUUUGACCAGAUUUACAAAAGUCUCGCCGAAGAUAUGUCGCUCGGCGAUACUACCGAUCAAGUUCAGAAUGACGCUAUAAUUGAUGAGAUUAAUGCUGAUGUGUCUCACAUAGCCGAAUCAGAAGCUGCAUAUAGUGAAAGUUUGCAGAAGUCAGGCUCGCUGGAAAAUAGCGAAGAUAUGAGCGUGCCACCCACAGAUGAGUCUUUUGUAUGUGAGCCGCUGAUGGUAUCUGUGGAAACGCAAUCAACGAAGGGCAAAGAUGCCGCUGCUGUUAGCGUUUCGGGUCCUUUACCAGUGCCGGCGGGAGCCGCGGCCGUAACAGACGAUGUAGCAGCUGAUCUACCAACUUGGUUGACGCAAAAAGCAUCCAUGUCUUCUCUUGUUGACAGCAGUACUUCGAGCAGUCAGCAAGUGUGCCCCAGUGUGUCUUCACCAGUGAACUACGAAGCUGAGGAGUUACGCCGACAGCAGCUAGCUAUAGAAAGAGAGAUCAAAGCUCUAGAACAGCAGCAAUGUCAGCUAUUGGCCGUGAGAGAGAUACCUGAUAAGCCUCCGCCGCCUUACACACCGCCCUCGGAAUCUAAAGCGCCAAAAAGGCUUGGAAAAUAUUCCGUCGACCACAUAGUCGAAGAAAAAAUACGCGCUUUCUUCCCCGAUCCUAAGCAAGAGAAAUGUGAUCCUAUGGAUCCUUUCGACGUAUUCGUCAAAGACUUCUGUCAGGACUCCAUAGAAAGACACAAUUUGGAGAAGAAUCAGAAAUAUUGGGACACAUGUCAUUUCCCACCAUUUAAACCUGAACUCAAUACUGAGGACUUAAUCGCGAGGACCACCUCGGAGUUUAAAGAAGUUUUAACCAGUGUUCCACCGACGGAUGUGUCUGGCGUAGGAGCAAGGCGGUCCGAUCAUAUUGAUGAUAUACUAUUCGCCGAAUGGAAGCGAUGUGAACCUGAAUGGACGUCAUUGCAUGCCGACGAAGUUAUUGUCAAAAAUCAAGUGUUCGAAAGUAUUUUCCAAAAACUCCUUACAGAGACUGUUGAUGAAUAUAAGAGAACUGUCAUUGAGCCACGUAAGGAAACGUAAAUUUGAAGUUUGUGUCUACAUAUUUUUAUAUAUUUACUGUUGAAUAUUGCUGUGCAAUU